AACGCAUUAUGGCAAUCCAAAUUUUGGAUGUAUAUUUAGCCAAUUGAAUCGAGCAAUUAAGAGUGGUUGUUACUUGCCGGGCAAAGAAGAAAGUUUGAAUACUAAAGUGGGUGUAUAUUACAGUGGUCCUCCUGAGUUGGCUAAAAGUUUGAAAAAAGAUUGCGAUUCUGCAAAUACUGAAGGCAUAAAAUUCCAUUUCCAUAAAGAGAGUUUUUAG